CUGGAUGUUGGAGGACUGAGAGGAGGAGGACUAGCUGUUGCAGUAACAACAUCCUGGAUAUUGGAGCCUGGCGGCGCACACGGCUACAGAGAUAAAGGAGGAACCAAGACGUUAGGGAGGCGGUGGUGCGUGGUGGUAAUCGCAAAUGCCUUAGUGUAUAGAAGCACAGACAUGAACGUGAACUUGGCAGCUUUCAGGCAUUAAUUAACUGUGGAUUUAUGGUCUAUGGCGCCGAUUGAUCCCGAGGCACCGACAAGGUGAUGCAGCAGCGGCAAGACGGGAUCGGUCCGCUACACGGCUGCCAGCUGAAUGCCUUUACUGAGAGGAAACGGCGCAGAAUACGUCCAGCGCAGGCCGGCGUGAUCUUUCAUUAAAACAGGACAGUAUGUAGAGAGGAUCAGCCAGCAGCUGCUAUACCCCCGUGUUUACUUUCAUUAUUGUAUCGGCUCUCAAUAUCGCUCUCCGGCUCGGGAAUCACUGCCACGGCAUCAAGCGGAUCAGGCCUGGGCUGAAACACCGUGCGCACUUAGCGAUAUUUACCGUGGAAAGCGCGUAAUGUGACGCGAACUUCUAUCGUUAACGAGCAUAACAAAAGCACCUAGUGCUAUAUCAUUGUGUUUACUAUCCGCUCGUCCAGUUUUCUUUAUGUUUACUAGGGUUGCGAUACAGUUUUCUCUUCUUCUUAUCAAACUGCUUUCCCCCAUCGACAACAUAUUUUUGUAUCGCUAGUUUAAGAUAAAUAACACGCCUAACGGAGGUGAGGGUGGACUCGCCAUUUACCGUGAAGAUAACGACUCGACCCAACCCGCCUUGACACAGAGAAGCGAGGAUCAUGGAUCGGAAUUAUAAAAAGACCCUCACGAGCAAGUGGAAUCAGUUGUGAUCUAGUGGACAACUCCAUUUCCAAAAGAUAAGCAGACAUUCGCAGUCAAGCUCUCAUUACCGCAAUGAGAUAAUAGUGUGGCUUACACAAAAACAACCUUGACGCUUAUCCCACCAUAUUCCAGUUCAUCGUCAAAAUAUGACCACGCCGGCUCUAUUGCCACUAUCGGGACGUAGGAUACCUACCCUCUCGCCAGGUGCCUCCUCAUUCCCCCAUCACAGAGCCACCUUGCGGCUCUCAGAGAAAUUCAUCCUCCUCCUCAUCCUCAGUGCCUUCAUCACCUUGUGCUUCGGAGCGUUUUUCUUCCUCCCGGACAAUUCCAAACACAAGCGCUUUGACUUUGGUUUGGAGGACGUAUUGAUACCGCACAUCGAGUCGGAGAAGGAGGCCAGGCACAGCAGCAGACAGGUCAUACAUGGCGUGGGAGCUCAUGACGAGCAUCGACACAGGGAGGAAGAGGAGAGCCUUCGUGACAAGAUCCGGGCAGAUCAUGAGCGGGCACUGCAGGAAGCCAAGGAAAAGCUCCGUAAAUCCAAAGAGGAGCUGAAGGCAGAGAUCCAGACAGAGAAGACCAAGGUAGUCGAGGACCUGAAGAAGAAAGAUGGACCCAAACCACUGCCUCUAGUACCUAUGCCCAAACUAGUAGGGGUCAAAGAUGGUGACCCAGGGGACCCUGACACCAAGGAAAAAAGAGACAAAAUCAGAGAGAUGAUGAAACAUGCAUGGGACAGCUACAGGCAAUACGGCUGGGGCCACAACGAGCUCAAACCCAUCGCCAAGAAAGGACAUUCCACCAAUAUCUUCGGUAAUUCCCAGAUGGGGGCCACUAUAGUAGACGCCCUGGAUACCCUUUACAUAAUGGGCCUCCACGAUGAGUUUAAGGAUGGCCAGGAGUGGAUCAAGCAAAACUUGGAUUUCAGUGUGAAUGCAGAAGUAUCUGUCUUUGAGGUCAACAUCCGCUUCAUUGGAGGGCUUCUGGCUGCAUACUACCUCUCCGGACAAGAGGUUUUUAAGGUGAAGGCUGUCCAGCUGGCAGAAAAGCUGCUUCCUGCCUUCAACACCCCAACAGGCAUCCCUUGGGCCAUGGUCAAUUUGAAGAGUGGAGUGGGGCGUAACUGGGGCUGGGCGUCAGCUGGGAGCAGUAUUCUGGCUGAGUUCGGGACGCUGCACAUGGAGUUUGUGCACCUGACGUAUCUGACUGGAAACCCUGCCUACUAUCAGAAGGUGAUGCACAUACGGAAGCUGCUGGCUAAGAUGGACCGACCCAAUGGGCUUUACCCCAACUACCUGAACCCACGCACUGGACGCUGGGGCCAGCAUCACACCUCAGUAGGUGGGUUGGGUGAUAGUUUCUAUGAGUACCUGCUGAAGGCCUGGCUGAUGUCUGAUAAAACGGACACAGAGGCACGCAAGACGUACGAUGAUGCCAUCGAGGCUAUUGAGCGCCACCUCAUCCGUAAGUCCAAUGGUGGCCUUACUUUCAUCGGGGAGUGGAAAAACGGCCACUUGGAGCGUAAGAUGGGUCACCUGACUUGCUUUGCUGGGGGCAUGUUUGCCCUGGGGGCUGAUGGGUCGCCAGAUGAUAAAGCUGGACACUAUCUGCAGCUCGGAGCAGAGAUUGCACACACCUGCCAUGAAAGCUACGAUCGCACUGUGCUGAAGCUUGGCCCAGAAGCCUUUAAGUUCGACAGUGGGCUGGAAGCAGUGGCUGUGAGACAGAAUGAGAAAUACUAUAUCCUGAGGCCUGAGGUCAUCGAGACAUACUGGUACAUGUGGAGAUUUACCCACGACCCCAAAUACAGGCAGUGGGGUUGGGAAGCAGUGCAGGCUAUAGAUAAAUACUGCAGAGUAAGCGGAGGAUUCUCUGGUGUUAAAGACGUCUACUCCUCCAACCCCACCUAUGAUGACGUCCAGCAAAGCUUCUUCCUGGCGGAAACCCUCAAGUAUCUCUAUCUACUUUUCUCCAGCGAUGAGCUGCUGCCUCUUGAGAACUGGGUGUUCAACACGGAGGCCCAUCCUCUGCCCGUCCUGCACCUGGGCAACAUCACCCUGCCUGGCAGCGAGACCCAGCGGUAGAGCGGACUCACCGGGGGGGCGCUCUCCCCCUCGCUCGCCCCUUUUCUAAACAUCUCCCUCCUUGUGAAAGACAGCAGCUGCCAGUGCAAAGGAGAGGAGAGAACUAUACCAACCAACCCCUUUCUCCUCCUGGACCGUGAAUCAUGGGACUGCAGUGAACGGAGGGGACUGGAACAGACCCAUCUCUCUUUAUCUAUGUCUCUCUCAUAUAUUCUCUGAAGGACAGACUGCCGGAUUGAUCAUGUGUCUCUCUCUCUUGUGGCCGCUGGUCUGACAUGUCCAUACACACUGUACAUGCAUUGGCAGACUAAAAGACCCUCUGAAAUGGAUGUGUGUUUCUAACUGGGGAAGGAUUUUAACAAGUGAAUUUGUUCUUUUUCCCCCCACUCUCUCUAUAAUUCGGUGGCAUUUCAUAUCAUCAGCUCAGUACUAAAUCAAAAUGAUGGAUAAAUGUUUUUUUUUUGGACCAGACUGCCUUCAGAGCCUUUCACUCUCUGAGCUGGGCUUCUGGAGAUGGCAGAUGUUGGAUGUGACCUCCUGUGAAAUCUUUCUCCAGCUGAGGCUGAAUUUAGGCCAG